AUGAGCGACUAUUCUUCCAACUAUAACCUCGGCGGCGAUGUCGGUAACAAGAAGCAAGAAGUUAUGGACCAAGUUCGCUCCGAACUCGCUUUAGCUAACGCUCAAGAACUCAUCAACAAAAUCAACGAGAAGUGUUACUUGAAGUGUGUCCCCAAGCCUGGUGCUCGUCUCGAAUCUGGUGAGCAAGCUUGUCUCUCCAAGUGUAUGGAUCGUUAUAUGGAAGCUUGGAAUGUUGUUUCUCGUGCCUACGUUGCUAGACUUCAACGCGAAUCUCAAGGUGGUAACCUUUAA